AUAGCAUAUUCACAAGCAGGAUGGGAUGAAUUAGAAGCAGGCGUAUAUGAAUUUCCUUUUGCUUUGAAGUUUCCUAACGUGAAUUACCCGCCUUCAAUGGAAGAACCCAAGGGUUUUGGUAUUCGUUAUGUCUGGACAGCACAGACGGACGGUCCUGCUCUUCAUUCAGGAUUAAAAAGUCGAGAAUAUUUGACUCCUUAUCGACCUAUCAUUGUUUCUACACCAGACCGAGAAUGGGAGUUUAAAAAAACCUUGAUGCGAGACAAAAAAUCAGCCGCUGUAGAAGUGUUUGCCAAGCUGUUAAAACAAUCGUAUUGUCCAGGACAACCAGAUUCUCGUAUUGUUUCAGUGCAUUUCAAGUUUCGUAAGCACCAUGAAGGUAAAAUGCUCGUUCAAAAGGGUACUGCUUUCCGAGAACAUAUACGUGUUGUACUACAGGGCCAAAUCCCAAUUCCUGGUACGGAGUCUAAAAUGGAACAAGAUAUAUCAUUUGAUGUGCCUACUCGACUCGUUUCUCCUUCCUUCAUCUCACAUCAUACAAGAGUCUAUUAUGAUCUUCUUUUUUCUGUCACUUUGGACUCGGGAGGGCUGUUCAAAUCAACCCAUACGACUGAGUUUACUAUUCCUAUCACGAUUGCUAAUUUGCCAUAUGACCAACUGCUGCGUAUUCCUAGCUUGACAUCCAUUGAGUUUUACAAGACAAGCAAAGAGCCCCCUAGAUUCUUUGAUCCUACGUUGGAUGAGCCAGCUGAACAACCUACUGUAUCGAAUCAGAUGAUGGGUUCAAUCCAACAAGCACUGAUGACUUCUACACCGCGGGAUGAUCCUCCAAACUACUUUAGCAUUCCUACUAUACCUCCACAAUUUGAAUUUGUUAGAGAACGUAAAGAAAGGUCUGUUUAUAUGACACGAGCUUCAAAAGGCAUUCAAGGUGCUGAUUUGAUUGAAGCCAUGGUCAUUCCUGGUUUAUUUGAUGAGUGUUGGUAG